GUGUGUGUGUGUGUGUGUGUGUGUGUGUGUGUAUGCGUGCGCGUUGUAUCUAAGUCCUGUGUGCAAUAAUGUUUUUCUGUCUGCUGAGGCUUACUUCUCCAGCCUAUUGUUUGAGACAACAGAUAUAAGUUGCGAUGGGAGAGGAGCGUCGGAUUUGGUGUGUAUCCCCCAUUUCCAAUUAUAGAUGGAUCAUUACAGACAGCGGAGUCCUGAGAAACCAGACAUCUGCUCCUCACAUGAAUGCACUCACCUCCUAGAGACCAGGCUGCGAUCAUGCUCUGGAAACUCGUGGAGAAUGUCAAGUACGAAGACAUCUAUGAGGACCGGCACGAUGGCGUCCCAAGCCAUAGCUCGAGACUCUCUCAGCUUGGCUCUGUGUCCCAAGGACCCUACUCGAGCGCCCCGCCGCUGUCCCACACGCCAUCAUCGGACUUCCAGCCACCCUACUUUCCGCCCCCCUACCAGCCGCUACCCUACCACCAGAGUCAAGACCCGUACUCCCACGUCAACGAUCCCUACUCCCUGAACCCUCUGCAUCAGCCCCAGCAGCACCCGUGGGGGCAACGGCAACGCCAAGAAGUGGGUUCAGAAGCCGGCUCUCUCCUGCCCCAGCCCCGGGCAGCCUUGCCCCAGCUCUCCGGCCUUGAUCCCCGAAGGGACUACCACUCUGUCCGCCGGCCGGACGUGCUACUGCAUUCGGCACACCACGGCCUGGACGCCGGCAUGGGCGACAGCCUCUCGUUGCACGGCCUUGGGCAUCCCGGCAUGGAAGACGUGCAGUCAGUUGAAGAUGCCAAUAACAGCGGCAUGAACCUAUUGGACCAGUCAGUCAUUAAAAAAGUUCCUGUCCCUCCCAAAUCUGUGACUUCUCUAAUGAUGAAUAAAGAUGGCUUCUUGGGAGGAAUGUCAGUCAACACCGGCGAGGUAUUUUGCUCAGUCCCAGGCCGUUUAUCUCUACUCAGUUCAACUUCAAAGUACAAAGUUACUGUGGGCGAAGUUCAGAGAAGGCUCUCGCCCCCUGAAUGCCUCAAUGCGUCUCUCCUGGGCGGCGUCCUCAGAAGAGCCAAAUCGAAAAAUGGGGGGAGAUCCUUGAGAGAAAGGCUAGAGAAAAUCGGUUUGAAUUUACCCGCGGGCAGACGCAAAGCAGCAAAUGUCACGUUACUCACCUCACUGGUAGAAGGGGAAGCUGUUCACUUAGCUCGGGAUUUCGGGUAUAUUUGUGAAACAGAGUUUCCUGCUAAAGCCGUGUCCGAGUAUUUGAACAGACAGCACACGGACCCCAGUGACCUGCACUCCAGAAAGAAUAUGCUGCUGGCCACUAAGCAACUUUGUAAAGAAUUUACGGAUCUGCUGGCUCAGGACCGGACACCGAUCGGAAACAGCCGGCCCAGCCCCAUCCUGGAGCCGGGCAUCCAAAGCUGUCUCACGCACUUCAGCCUCAUCACGCACGGCUUCGGUGCCCCAGCCAUUUGCGCUGCGCUCACAGCCCUGCAGAACUAUCUCACCGAGGCGCUCAAAGGCAUGGACAAGAUGUUCUUGAACAACACCACUAACAGGCACACGUCUGGGGAAGGCCCAGGUAGUAAAACUGGCGACAAGGAGGAGAAACACAGGAAAUGAAAAAAAAAAAAAAUUAAAGAGAAGGAAAAUGUUUUAAAUACAAAAGGAAAACAGAAAAAAAAAUAAAUUUAGCUUUAACAUAUUGGAUUGGCUUUGGAAGAAUUAUAUUAGGUAGAAUACACAUACAAUCAAAAUUUAAAAAGAAAGCUAAAUAACGUUAAAAAAAAAUAAACUGAGGCAUACAACGGAGCAGCAAACCGGCUCUCGGUGUCUAUUUCAAGAUACACGUGGAGACAACCGUCCGGAUUUUCCACUUCGGUUCUUUCGAAUUUAGUAAUACAGAUAAUAAAGGAAAACUAUGAAUCCCCCUUUUGGAAAAUAAAACGUGAGACUAAACAUGAGAACACGCUAACUUAUUGGAAGAAAAUUGGAGAAACGUUGGUGUCAAUGCUUUUGAGAGCUGGUUGACUGAGACGCACGAACUUUUAAAUCUUUAAUUUAAAUUUUUUUUUUUUUAAAGGAAACUCUCGCACUUCGCGCCCUCCAUUUCUCCUCAUUCUCUUCACCGAAGCUUCCCUUUCUCCCUUCCUCAAAGCGAUCCCGGAAACCUGCUGGGUGAUCACGAGUGUGAUUAGCUCUCUGUUGUUAGCCCCUUCGGUAUCCAGACCGCGCCUUGCGUUCCUAACUCCCUGAGCCCAACUCCCCCACCUCCCCUCCACCCCCACCCUCACCCCGCCCCGGUGUGUUUAAUUAGGGAGGCCAAGGGUGGGGGUGGGAGACGGGCGGAGGCUCUAGCUUUUGAUCCAGGCUUGAGAGCCCAGGCUCCCGCGGCAGAGAGGAAACCGAUAAGUUGAUUCAUCAUGGUUCCUUUUAGAAAAUGUUACUAGUUUACCAGACCUGACAGCACCUGUUCACAGAGAAUAUUACAUUUGUUACACUUGUGUCAUCUAGCGGUAUAGUUUAAAAAGAAAGGAAAAGAAAGGAAAAAAAAAACCAAAACAUGAAAACUUUGAUUAGUAUGUAAUUCCUUCGGAGGGGUAUGUACCAUUGACUCUCUUCUGUUUCCCCAAGCUUUACCCGCAUGGUUUAUGAGCUUCUUCAAAGAAGACUUGGGCUUCCUACACAAUCUAUAAGGUACUGAGAAACAACAAUAACAAUCUGAUCCUUUUUAAAGUUAAAGCCUGCCUGUCAGAUUCGGCAGGUUUUACUUCUUUAAAGAAGCUCAAAGAGAAUCAUUUAGGAAGUGGCCAGUGUUGGGGGAGCGGCUUUGGAUUUCUUGCUAACACACCUCCACGCAGGAAUUCCAGCAGGGGCGGGGCACUGCAGAAUGCAUUUUAAGGGAGUCGAGUAAGGUAUCUUGCUUUGGAACCUAUAUUCUAAUGGUAUUGUCUUUACUGGAAAAAUGGAUUCCAUUUCCUUGGGCUCUUUGGGGACUGGAUGUUUUAAUGGGGGAAAGAAGUAGUUUUGCUGAUGUGUUUGGGGAAGACAGUCUAUAAACUACCAUGACUCUGUUGUUUUAUGAAUGAAAUAGUUUUCCUUCUCAGACACACAGGUAUUUUGGCAUAAAAUGGUACACACACACACACACACACACACACACAACCCAGAAACACAAGGCAAAGGGAAUGAGAUUGUAUUUCAACUUUGAAUUCCUGUCUUGAUUUAUUGGGGAUAUUCCUAAUGGAUGAGGUUCCAUGAAUUUAAUGUAUCUCUCUUCUCUUAGUCCAACUUUUUACUGUACCCCAUCUUAAUGUUACCAUGAAGUAAAACCUGCACCUUUAGCAAGUUCAGGGAGUAGAGUAUUUGAUUGGUGCACACAUUUAGUUUGGGUACACUUAUUUUUUCCCCCACCUAGACGGGAACUUUAUAAAAUCCAUUAGGAUAUAUGUUCAGAUAUUUUCUGUGAUUUACACAGUCCCUUCCCCCAGUAGUCUGGACUCUCAGUAUUCCUAGCUUUUUCAAUCCACUUUGAAGCAAGGGAAGGGGUUGAAGUUUUAGGGACCCUCUGAGGGAAUCGCUCAAAGGAUGAAGGUUGUAAAUAAAAAUUGAGGUCAGGCAACAUCUCCGCUCCUAUCUCUAGCUGCUUCUGAGCACCAUAGGUUUCCAGGACACAGCCCUAGACGAGGCUGAAAGGAGUAGAAAGGGCAGGAAAAAAAAAAUACGUUGUGUGAACUAUAGACUCUCAUCUUUCCUCAGUUUAGAAGCCCACCCCAUUUGUCCAAGAACCUGGACGCUUGCAUUAGUUGAAUUCUGAUUGCACGAGACCAGCAGAAAACACAUUGAAAAACAUCGUCUCCUUUCCUUGCAGGGCAACGCGCCCCACGCGUGUGACAUCGAGAGACGCGAUGGAUGCGCCUUGCUCUUACUGUGCAGGUCCUGGGAACACGUGGGCCACUAAAGCCCAGUGGUGUUGAGGACAUAGAAUCAGCAGCUGCUGGGGGCGCGAGCCUUACUGGCCCUUCUUGCUCUCGCCCUCACCCUAAGGGCUAAGGCAGCGGAGAAGGGCCGGUUCCGGAGUAGGUAAAGGGGCGGCGCCCCACUGGCUGCUGCGGGGGGAGGGAUCCCAGAGCUCUGUAAAGCCAUUUUGCCGCGAGCGGUCACUAGGGGCUCUACUCUCAGAGACCUUGUAGCUUGGAAAAGUCCAUGGAAUUUGAAACUUCCAUGUGUUCUUUAUUGCCAGGAAGUGUGGACAUUGUUUUAAUUGCCUGAAGUGUGGACAUGAAAUAAGAACUGUCAUUCUUGGGUAGGUAGGCUCCCUUAGAUGCCCUGAUGUUUCUGUGAGCAUCAGCGAAGGGGCAGCUAGGUAGACCUGGCUUGAGGUUUCCCUCCCCCAUCUCCGGGGUUGUCUUCUGUUUCUGUUCUUUUUCUCUCUCUUCACGUCGGACCUUUCGCCCCCAUGCUUUCCUUAGCCAAGCCGGCUACAUUUAUCUGAUAAUUGAGUUAUUAAAAGAUUUGGUUUCCUUGGAUUUAUAAAUCAAUAAACAGUAGGAUUAACGCAAGAGUUUGCCUUUUAAGUCAAGGAAAAACGUUUAAGGCCAGGCCCUUUGAAUUUUGUUUUCAAACCAAACAGGUGAGUUACAGUCCUAUACUCUCCCCUGCACUCUGUAGAUGGCUUAUCUUAUCUAGGCCCGCUCCCACCACCCCCAAGCCCUACCAAAUGCGCUGGGUUCCAAAACCAAAUAGCUAAAGUCUGAAGAGUAAGCCCGUGACUGCUGGAGUUCCCCCAAGGUCCUUGGAGCCCCUUCUUUUUGAAUCAAGCAUUCUCCUACUUUUAUUCUGAGUCUCGAGGAGGAGUUUGUUCCAAGGUGAGGUUUCCCUCUCCAGAGACCUUUAAUUUUCAUCCCAACUAUGAAGUAACUUUCUUUUCUUCUUUUCACCACUUAUCUUGCAUCCCCCCCCCCCACUUCCCCACUUGCCUGCCCAAAACCUACUCCUUCAUCCAUAGCUUUCUCCACCCCCAUAUAAAGAGCUCAACAGGCUUUUGAAGAUCCGACUUUUGUUGGCAUUGGCCAGGAACUUUCUCUUAAGCAAUUAUUUCAUAACUUUUGAAAACUGGUCGAAUGGAAAACCCCAACCUUCCAAGUUUUCUACACACUUCCUUCAUGGUUACAAGACCCCUCCCUAGUUAGAGUAUUGAUAGAAAAUUCGUCACCAUACCUGAUAUCCUGUACUUGUAAUACAUUCUGUGGGAAGGAACUGAUGACCUUAAACCAUCAGACUCUGCCUCAAGUGCUCAGAGAAACAAGAGCUUCCCUCCUUUGCUGAUAUACAUUAAAUUAUUGGUAAAAGAAAAAAACAGAAGUAUUGGAUUGUUUUCUUAAAAAGAAAAACAAAACAAACAAACAAACAAAACCAACGGGGUGAACACCAUUUCUUCUUUAAUGCCAAAACUGAUUCUCUUUUUGUUGGCCUUUAAUUCAGUACCAUUUGUUUUGACCACCCAGUCAAGAGGUAACAACGGCCUCUUCUCAAGAGCACUCUGGAGGGUAUCUGUGUUAAGUUUGUAUAUAUUUAUUUAUGCUUAAUUUAAUGGGAAUGUGUAAAUAUGAUGAGCAAGUAGUUUGGGAUUAUUUAUCUGUGACUCUAUACCUCUGUGAAUGGGUGGUUUAAAAGAAAAAAGAACCGCUUGACCCUAGCUAGAAUCCUAUUUGAAUUCUUCUGUUCUUUAUAGACAAGCUGUUAUGGUAUUGGGUAGAAAUUGGUUUAUUGUCCAGUGUUAAUCUGAUUUACAUAAAUAAAAAAGAUUGUUGUGUUUUU